AUGUCCAGGACCCCUGCUCCACUUGGUCCGUCGCCGCCACCUCCCCCAAAGGGGUGUACGUUGUUGCGGGAGAAUGUCUAUGAGGCCGGACGUCGCCACGACUUAGACGAGGUUCGUAAGCGACGGAAGCCCACGAUGGCACGCCACAAGGAACGCCUUGUGGAUCCACCGGUUGGGGCGAGUAAAAAGUACACGGUGGUGCUGGACCUCGAUGAGACCGUGGUGUAUGCGCGGGAGGGUCCUUUGUAUGCGCGGGCGUACCUGCACGAGUUGCUUCGUUCGAUUAAGGACAAGUUUGAGGUGAUUGUUUGGACGGCGGGGGAACGGGAGUACGCCAAAAACAUACUGGAGGAGAUCAACCAGGACCACAUCAUUCAGCACCUGAUAUACCGUCACGGGGCGUGGUUUUGCAGCGAGGACUACACAAAGGACCUGAAAAAGCUGGGACGCAACAUCGACUACGUCAUCAUCGUCGAGAACACCGCGGACUGCGUCCGGGCGAAUCCGCAAAACGGCAUCAUUGUGGAGGACUUCGAGGUGCCGUGCACGCCACCCGUGACAUCCCAGGAGAUUGAGGCGGCCACGCAAGGGGCGGACAAAACGGCUCCCCCCUCACCGCCUGCAUCGCCGCCCAUGCCCUCACAAACUCCGUCUUCUUCGGUCCCUGACACCCCUUCCUUGUCGCCGGCGAAGUCGAGGCGGCAAUUCACGGACCGCACCCUUCUCUUGCUGCAGGAAGUGCUGUUGGCGUUGGCGGAAAGUGGCGAAACGGUUCCCACAUUUCUCGCCAAAUGCCCAUUACUGACCCAGCAGCAGGUUUUGGGGUCGGAUGGGCAAAGUAUUCCGACGUACUACCUGGGAAAGCGACGCAAACGUGGAGCGCCCUCCACAUUAUCUCCGCAGAAACGCGUCGCUCGCAGCAAUGCUGCCUCCCGGCACAUUGCUGAGGAAAAGGAGGCGUCGAGCGCCCGUCUAGAGCGUAAGGAGAAAACUACCCAAAGGGGGCAGAAGUUGGGGAAGUAG